AAGAGAGCCCUGGAGAACAAAUCCGCCUCAGCGCCCAUAGCUGACGCCACCGACGAGUCGGAUUCACUCUAUGGGUACCCUUUCACGGCCAUAUUCGACGUGGACAUCCCGAAGCCGCAGAUGGUCAAGGUCAAACGUAAACACCGGCAGGAAUAG